AUGUCGCCCAUCUUUGUCCAAAGCGAAUGGGCCAGACUCGCCACCGUCGUCGUCUCUCAGUGCGAGGUCGCAUUUCCCUCGCUCGACAGCGGGAUGCAAGGCCAUAUGGACAUCUUGCCCAGCGAUCCCGAUCUCGACUGGUCCGCCGCCCUUGGCAAAGACUUUGCUCAAGUCUUUCCCGACCGUGCCGCCGCCUUUAUCGCCGAGCGCGACGCCUUUGCCAAGUUGCUCGAGUCGCACGGUAUCCAGGUUCUGCGACCCCGGCUCUUGACCGAGGCCGAAAAGACGGUGGAUCCCGUCAACAAGUACUGCAACUACUUUUGCAGGGACCCGUGGUUCACCGUGGGCAACUGCGUCAUCGAAGGUUCCCUCCGCUGGGCUUACCGUCGUCGCGAGGUUUUGCCUUGUCGAGAGAUCUUUGAGGCGCAUGUCAUGACCGACGACAGUUGCAUGUACGUCUCGGUCCCCGUCGCCGAGAUCAGUGGCAGCCAUUCCGACUCGGAAUCGAAAGGCAUCUUCUUGGAAGGCGGAGACGUCAUGGUCUUUGGCAAGCACAUUCUCGUCGGUCACUCGGGUCACGCUUCGAACCCGGCUGGAGCGCGCUGGCUACAAAAGCUCCUUCGACCUCAGGGAUACACCAUCGAAGUCGUCCCUCUCGCUUCCGACUUUCUCCAUCUCGAUUGCGCUAUCGGGCCUAUCCGCGAAGGACUCGCGCUCGUCUGCGAGGAAGCGCUUCCUGCUGGUCUGCCUUUGGUGCUCAAGGACUGGGACUUGAUCAACGUCACCCGCUCGGAAGCGCAGCGUCUUGCCACCAACGGGUUGCCGCUCGGACCGGAGCUCUACGUGACCGAUCCCGCCUUCAAGAGGCUCGGAGAUCUGGUACAAGAACGUGGAGUCCAGGUCGAAUACGUCGAUUUUCAAGUCACUCGGGCAUUUGGAGGAUCUUUCCGAUGCACCACGCAGCCGUUGUCUAGGCGACGUCCUCGUUUUACCAUGAGCAUCUUGGCCCCACGUUAUUUUGUUGUUCAGCAAACACCUCCCGGCUACGACAUUACGAGUUCUGCAAUCAUGCCUAUACAACGCUACGGUCCCGAACACAUUCAGUUUGAUCCCAACCUUCCUCCUGGGAAUCCACCUCGGAACGCCGGCAUAUUUCCAGCAUCUUUUCGAUUAUCUUCUGAGGCUUUCGAUUUCAAUGGCCUUCCAGAACAAGACGAUUCAUUCUUUCACCCCCAAAGCAUGAUCUAUCACGGUCCUACCGUCGAAUGUUGGCGACAGCUCAUCGCCAGACUCAUGCCGCCUCAGCACAUGGUACAGAUCGGAGCAGGCGGGAUGACGCUCGCACAAGCACAAAGCAGGAUCCUUCAUGACGUUAGCAUUCGCGAUGUCAACCGUGCGUAUAGGCACGCGAGGAUCGCCGACUACAACAUUCCCGAAGAACAGUCCGCUGCCUUUCGCGAGAUGUUGACAGAGUCCAUUCGCACCGCGGACGCUAUCAACCUCAUCACCAGGUCUGCGUCCUGCCCUGACUUCUUCUGUGAAGCAUGGGCGUAUAGCUCGCUCCAGCCACCUCCCUUUCGCACUGAGAUGAUCCUAGUUGGAGAAAUAAAAGAACUACUUGCGGGAACACUGAAUAAGAAACAUAGGGCGUUUCUUAUUGGGUUGCUAUGCCAGGGUCUCAGAUAUCUAGCUUAUUCCAACAGGAUAUUUGACAACAAGUUUGCCUUGAUCAUCCAUGGCCACUACUUCCGUCGUGCCGUCAUGUUCGAAGGUACACUCAUUGUCGAUCUUGGGAUUGGGGCACCUGGGGUCGAUGAGGUCGGCGGCAUUCCUGAGGAUGAAAUCCUCGAUAUGGACCUAUACGAAUUCUUGCUCUAUGGAACUGGGGUGGAAGAGGAUCCUAUGGCCGUAUACCACGAGCUGAGACCAGACUCGGAUUUCGAACACGGCGCUGGGCUGGCGCUUUCUUCCUUCCUACAGUCGGCAGGACAAACAUGGAUCGAUAACACUCGCGGGAUCGACGCAGGACCUCUUCACCUCGCUGGUGGCGGGAGAUAUGCCCGAAUACAUGGCUUCAGUGUCGAGUCCCUUGCCAGAGCUGCCAGCAGGGCUCGUGCAUUUAUGGAAGGUCUACCCGACAACCUGAAUAACGACACGACGGACGGCAAUGAUGAACACGGCCCAUAUGGCCUGCAUGGAAACGAGGUUGGGCACGAGGAUGGCUAUAAUGAAUAUUUGGAUGAGCACGACAACCGGGACAGAGAAGCUGCACAUGGGAACGGCGCAAGUGGCAAUGAAGGAUACAUCGCCGAGACAAAGCGCGUCCAAGACGAGUCGAGCGCCGGACCUGACCUAGAGGCUGUUCCAUCGCUAACCGCAUUUCACUCGACGUCGUACAAACCCCCUGCCAAUUCGUUCACGCCUAUCGCGAGCAACGCUUCGACCCGGGAUGUUCGCGUAUCGCCUAACGAGGAGCCUUUCCCAGCCGCAGAUACUUCCAGAGGAGACUUUAUGCGGGACACGUUGCAGAAGAUCGUGGAAGAGACACCCGAGGAGAAGCAAUUGAGAAGCUUGCAUCGUCCAGGCGAACAAGGAUUCACAAAAGCACAACAAGUUCAGCUGAGGUCUUGGGGAAAAGCAUUGCGCGAUGCCGGACUGGAUCUCAACGAGGCGUUUCCGCUGUAG